GCCGCCGCCGCCGCCGCCGCCGCCCGCUCCGCCGCAGAGCCCGGCCCGCCCACACCGGCACCGGCACCGGCACCGGCACCGGCACCGGCACCGGCACCGGCAGGGCCAGCUGGGCGCUCACCAUGGCUGCAGCACGGUUCGUCACUUGGGGGCUGCUCCUGUCUGCCGGCGUCCCCGCCAGGGCCCAGGGGACGCUGCUGGCGGGGCUGUCCCCAGGUGGGACCCUGCAGCGGGACAGGGAUUCCCUGCAUAGCCCUCUCUGGGGACAGCAGUGGCCAGACCCGUCCCCUGCCUGGGAGGCGUCGGGGGAGCCAAGCGGUGCCGGGGCACCCGGGAGCGAGCGCUGGAGGGGUGGCAGCCCCAUGCGCUGGGCCCCACCGCUGCAGGCGGCAGAUGCCACCGGGGCACUCCUGGAGACAGAAACCACCAUGGCAGGCGCUGGCACCAGGGCCCAGCAGGACAGCGGCGCAGCCCCGGCCGUGGUGGAGGAGCCACUCAUCACGGAUGCCGAAGGCCAGGACAGUCCCCGGGGGAAGACCUGGUUUCCUCACGGCUCUGCACUGGGGACACUGACCUCUAAGGUGCCCAUGGACACAGAGCCGGGCUCCCCAAGGCUGCCCUGGGCAGGGCAGGGACCAUCUCCAGCCGGGCAGAAUGCCACCGGGCCAGCCAGCACCCCCAGCCCUCAGCCAACCAUGUCCACCAUCGCCCUGACCCCCACGCCGUCAGCGGGGACAGGGAUGGGGACAGCAGACACGCACGCAGGGGGACAGACAGUGGCGGAGGAACCCAUGGCGGCCCCGGGCAUCCCUCAGGGCACACAGCUCACUCCAGCCACCAGCCAGCCGGUCCCACUGGGCACUGUCCCCGUCCCCCACCCUACGGGCACGGGGCCAGCCCGAGGUCCCCAUGCCAGCCCUGGCUCCAUGCAGCCGGUGGGCAGACGGGAGGACCUGGGAGGGCCCCCCAGGCCCUCCCCAGCUCUGCCCAGCUCUGCCCCAUGGCUGCACCCCACAGCCCCAUCCUGGGGGCUGGCCGAGCCCCGAACCUGGGUGCUGCCAGUCCACCAGCGCAGCACCCGGAGGGCCCCGCUCAGCCGUGCCACCACCAGCCCCGGGGAUGUGGCCCCUCCUCGCAUGGACCCCAGGCUGACAGGGCAGCGUGGACCCCAGCCCACCACCAAGGGGGCUGCCAUCAGCACCAGCCCUGCACCACCGCCUACCUCCAGCACGGGUGUCCCCGGCACCCCCAGCACAGGGCUGCUGCCUGAGGAGGACGUCGGCUCCCCACAGCGGGUCCGGGGCGCCGUGGGCCCCAUGAGCAUCCCAAACGCCACUGAGGCCACCCCACGGCCAACAGCACAUCCCACCACAGGGACAGCCGGGACCAGACACUCAGAAACCCUGGGGACGCAGCCCCCCACCCACGGCACCGCAGCCCCUUCGGCCACGUGGCGACAGGCAGGGGUGACGCCGCAGCCAGCCCCCCGGCAUCCAUCCAUGCUGCAGCCACAGCCCGGUCAUCCCUCCCCGGCGCCGGGGGCCAACGGGACUGGGCUGCGCUGGUUCGAGCUGCGGCGCCGGCUGGGCUUCGCCUGGGAGGGCCACGUCUACGGGGUGGCCGCCGUCUUCCUGCUGCUGGCACUGGGCUGCCUGGCCGGGCUGGCGGGAGCAGCCGCCCUGCGUCCCCCGCACCUUUCCCAUGUUUUAGGGGCCCAUGGGCUACUGCUGGCCGCCUGCCUGCUGCGAGCCACCUUCCUGCUGCUGGACCCCUACGGGGCGCGGGGCCACCUGCCCCCCCGGGCGCUGCUGCUGCUCAGCACGGUCCCCUUCCCCUUGCUGCUCGCCGCCUUCGCCCUCCUGCUCCAGCGGCUCCAGCGCCUGGCACAGCUCCGGCUGCUGCCGGCCUGGCUGCGGGGGUUGCCGGCCCUGGUGGCCACCGUUGCCCUGCAGAGCGGCGUGCUGGGGGCCGCCGACCUGCUCCCGCCCCGGCUGGGCCCCUGGGCCGGGCUGGGGCUGCAGGCGCUGGGCUGCAGUGCGGGGGCCCUGCUGCUGCUGGGGGGACUCUGGGGGUGCUGGCGGGUGCUGCGGGCGCCGCGGGAAGGGCCAGGGGGUGGCGGGGGUCCAGGGCUGCGGCGGGGGGCCUGGGCGCUGGCGGCAGCGGCGGCGGCGGGGUUGCCGGUGUGUGGGCUGCAGGUCUACAGCGCCCUGUGGCUGCGGGGGGUGCUGGGCGUCCCCGGGCGCUUCUCCCGGCCAGGCUGGGCGGCACAGCUCUGGCUGCGGGUCGGCGAGCUGGGCACGGUGCUGGCACUGCUGGCGGCCGCCGCCGAGCCGCUGUGCCAACUCUGUCGCCGGCGCAGCGCCGCCGGCCAUUCCUGCUGGGUCAAGGCGCUGGGGUACUUCUGCGCCAGCCGCAAAGCCGAGGCGCCCGAGUAUCCCAACAACUGCUACGACUGGGCCGGCGGCAACACCAGCGGCACCGGCCCGGAGCGGGCACCCACCGGCGACAUUUCCAAGAGCCUCAUCCGCAACCCGGCGGAGCAGCUGCCCCUGCGGGCGCUCAAGGACAGCAACGAGGCCUGGGCGGCCGCCGCCGGCGUGCCGGGGCUCAGCCCCAAGUGCCCCAACGUGUUGGCCGCCCGCUCCUGCGCCGCCUUCGAGCAGGGCUCGUCCCCCUCGCUGGGGGAGCUGGCCUUCCGCCCCCCGUCCCCCAUCGACCUGCGCCGCAGCAUCGACCAGGCACUCUGCCGCCGGCACCUCCUGCACGACGGCCUCUUCGGCCGGCCCCGACGCGGCUCCGGCACCUCACUGCACGGCUCCUCCGCCCCCGACGAGACCCCCGGCCUGGGGCGCAUGGUGCGGUGCAGCUCGCUGACGGAGCUGCCUGGCCCCCGGCAGCCCCCCGGUACCGUCACCGUCACCGUCACCGCCUCGGCCAGCUCGCUGGAGAGCAGCUCGCUGAAGAUCAGCUGGAACCCCUGGCGCCAUGGGCUCUCCUCGCCCGACAGCCUGCCCCUGGACGAGGCGCCCAGCCGGGCCCCCCUCCUGGUGCCCGCCGUGCCCCCCGGCUGGGAACGGGAGGGCCCCCGCAGCUUCCCAGCCCUUGGCAAAGCGGCGGACACCCGCAGCCUCUCCAGUGACACCAUCGAGCUCUGAGCCGGGGAGAGGCGGUGAGGACGGGCAGAGACUGGGGGGUGCAGGGGGACCAGCCAGGCGUGGGGGUCUGGGGGCCCGAUCCCGCGCCCCUGCAGGGCUGGGAAGGAGCAGGGAGCUGGGCUGGGCCAGCUCCGUUUGUGCCAAACCAGAGAAAUAAAAGUUUAUGUU